AUGGCAGACGCCGGCGCCGUCAUUACAUUCCAGGCCCCGUAUUACUAUCACAAGGAACGUCGCGAGCGAAACAGAUUGCAUGAAGACGAAGACGUGGAAGAACAUGUUGUUCAUAUUCGCAGCCUCCGAGGAAACAACUAUGCAGAGGCCUGGGAGGGUUUUGUAGGUUCUUGGAAUGGUGGCAUCAAAGUCAUCAACUGCCCCCAUGAAUUGGCCACCCAAGAGCACAACCUGUUCACCCUUGAUGCACAUUGCUCAACUGUUUCAGCAAGCUUGAAUCAAUUGUUCGGGGUUGGUCCCGACAUGACCCCAAAAGUCUCUCAUCCGCUUGGAAAUCCAAUCCAAAACCACCCCACCGCCCUCUGCGAUCCGAGGACCGUGUAUAACGACGAAAUGGAAAGCAUGAAUCUUCGGGAGCGUUCCCGCUCGAGGAACAAGUAUUUGAAACACAGCAGAGAACAGCGCUGGUUUUAUCUCGACAACCAGGCCCCUUACGAGCUGCUGGUUCGGAGAGUUGUCAGCAGCACACAGAUUGAUCAACCGAACGCGCAGCUUACAGUCCCCAUGGCGGUUCCAACCAUUUCGGAUGGUCACGUCGAAGACGUGGUGAGGAUGUUGUACGUUCUCUGGUUCCCAAACGAGGGUUAUCGAGGCACGAAUUUGAGGUAG